CCAUGAACAGUUUCGUAAAUCAAUUAAAUGGCGCUACAAGCAGCCUAGACGAUAUGUUUGAGGGUAACAGCAUAGAAAAGCAUGGUAUCCCUACCCUCGAUCUCCCAAACACUGCUGAUCCAACUGGCUUCCUCCGCACUUAUACCGACGACCAGCAAGAUCCUAGCUGUAGAAUCAAGAUCAACCACGGUACAACAACACUCGCAUUCAAGUUCAAGGGUGGUGUUAUCGUAGCCGUCGAUUCACGGGCGACUGCAGGCAGCUACGUCGCUAGUGGUACCGUCAAAAAGGUUAUUGAAAUCAACCCAUACCUACUUGGAACUAUGGCUGGUGGUGCGGCAGACUGUCAGUAUUGGGAAACAUACCUUGGUAUUCAAUGUCGUUUGCAUGAAUUGCGUAACAAAGAGAGAAUUAGUGUAGCAGCAGCUAGCAAAUACCUGAGCAACAUCACCUAUUCUUACAAAGGAAAGGGUCUCUCAAUGGGUACAAUGAUCUGUGGUUGGGACAAAGGUGGUCCAGCCAUUUGGUACGUCGAUAGUGAUGGCUCAAGAACCUCAGGAAAUGUUUUCUCUGUUGGUUCAGGUUCCACAUUCGCAUAUGGUGUGCUCGAUCAGGGUUACAAAUACGAUUUAAGCGAUGAUGAAGCGUUAGAGUUAGGUAGAAGAAGUAUAUAUGCUGCCGGACAUAGGGACGCAUACUCAGGUAACACUAUCAACCUUUACAUCGUCAAAGAAUCUGGAUGGACACACAAAGGUACCAUCGACAUCAGUGAGCUGCACUAUGGUGACUGGACGCCAAAGAGCGAGACAGAAUUCAGAGCGCCUACUGAGCCAUAUGGGUACGAUAUUAGAAAUGCAGCCGCCGCUUAAGCGAAUAAAUUGUUAUGUAAAAAUGAACAAGAUAUUUAAUGAUAAAGAAAGA